CCUCUGUCUGCUGGGGAUGGGCGGAGGAGACGGCCACGAACACCGAGAGGCUCGGAUCACCGCCCUCGCAGGGCGGCGCGUGAUUUUCCGCCUCCGACGUGUUUCCGGCCUUAAAGGCAAUUCGUCCUUCCCUUUAAGACGUACCGCCCCCCUUUCAGUCACUCCCAAGAUGGCGGACCUACUGGGCUCCAUCCUGAGCUCCAUGGAGAAGCCACCCAGUCUCGGUGACCAGGAGAGUCGGCGCAAGGCCCGAGAACAAGCUGCCCGCCUGAAGAAACUACAAGAACAAGACAAACAACAGAAAGUGGAGUUUCGUAAAAGGAUGGAGAAAGAGGUGUCAGAUUUCAUCCAAGACAGUGGCCAAGUCAAGAAAAAGUUUCAGCCUAUGAACAAGAUAGAGAGGAGCAUACUACAUGAUGUGGUGGAAGUGGCUGGCCUGACAUCCUUUUCCUUCGGGGAAGACGAUGACUGUCGCUAUGUCAUGAUCUUCAAAAAGGAGUUUGCACCCUCAGAUGAAGAGCUAGACUCCUACCGUCAUGGGGAGGAAUGGGACCCCCAAAAGGCUGAGGAGAAGCGGAAGCUGAAGGAGCUGGCCCAGCGACAGGAGGAGGAGGCAGCCCUGCAGGGACCUGUGGUGGUCAGCCCCACCAGCGACUACAAAGACAAGUAUAGCCACCUCAUUGGCAAGGGAGCAGCCAAGGAUGCAGCCCACAUGCUACAGGCCAACAAGACCUAUGGCUGUGGUGAGCCAUGGUGGGAGCUAGGGAGCCCUGGGGAAAAGAGCAUAAGAAGGGAGGAGGGGAGCAGAGACACCUUGCCCACCCUUCUGUGUGCCCCCAGUGCCUGUGGCCAAUAAGAGGGACACACGCUCCAUUGAAGAGGCCAUGAAUGAGAUUCGAGCCAAGAAACGUCUGCGGCAGAGUGGGGAAGAGUUGCCAACUACUUCCUAAGCAUGCCACCCAGCUCCCUUUGACCUAUGGGGCUGGCCGGGGAUAGGGAGAGAUAAGGCUGCUGCUAUUAAGACCCAUCCUGGAGCCCCACCACUGAACCACCUUCCAGCUGUCACUCAGGCUGGGGGCAGCAGGUGUUUGAUUUGUCACCUAUUGAAGUUUAGGUAUGUAUGUGGUAUGUGUGUGUUGUGUGAAAGAGAGUAUGAAUGUGGAGGUGGGUAUUUAAUCUGUAUUAUUCUCUGUUCUCCUUGUAACUUUCUUCCCCAUGGGGCUGGGGUUACUUUACAUUCAAUAAACACUGUUUGAC